GAUAUACCCCGCCCGCUUUAUUUGUGCGCUUUUCUGGUUUUCAAUAUUUCUCCUGUUUUCACAGCCUAUAUACAUAUGAAUUCUACUAGUAGUUAUUUUCCUGAGAUGCACGAGUGACACACCACCACACCACACACCACACUGACGCAAGUGGCAGCAAACGAGUGAAUAAACGGUGGGGCGUCACUUCACUGCCGUGGUGCGUGCGGGUCCUCCUUCUUCUAUUUUUCCUCAAGUGACCCUUUCUUAUUUUGCGUUGAUACUUUUCCCUCCUGUUUUUCUCUCUCGCGCCUGUUGUACAUCUUCGCCGCGUUCUUAAUACUCUGCUGUUUUUGAAUAGUUAUCUUUCUUCUUACGUACGGUGUGGUGCUGUCUUGUGGAGGAGAGAGAGGCGGAACAAGCGGAGGAGGAACGAACGCAUCGAAGGGCCCACGCCACCCCGGUACGCACGGCUGGGUCGGCGAUGAAGGCUGUUCGUGCCCUCCUCUCCUCUUACUUCCUCCUUUCUUACCUCUUCAAUAUCUAUCUAUCUAUCUAUCUAUCUAUAUAUAUAUAUAUAUUUGUAAAAGGCUCCACGUGUACCUCCUUCUUCGGUCUUUUGAGUGUAAGGCGGACAGAGGGACUUGCGUUGUGUUGCUUAGCGGAGUUCUUCAAGGCACUUUCCAUGCGGCUUGUCCGUGCCCCGAUCAAGAAGGGUUGAAGGUACAGUAGAGAAGGGAAAUGCGUAGCUCGUUUCCAGGUUGGAUCGCGUGAACCACUUUCUUUUUCUUUUUCUUUUUUGUGUGUUUGCUCCUGUGUCGGUUCGAUUCCCACCCGUCGCAGCACGACGAAGUGAAGGGAAGACAAAAAAGGGGACAUCUACGCCAACAGCACGCCAUCGAGGGCGGGCGAAGGGGAGAGAGACUGGCCUGCCUGUCCACUGGCGUGGGAUGCGGAGCGAGUGUUGGCCGGCCGAGUGACAGCAGUACACACGGCGCCUCGCCUUCGUGCUGCGCUUGCUCACCAUAUAUAUAUCGCACCACAAGACCGGGCGUUGCUGACUUGCGUGUAUCUAAUUGGCAAAGGAAGCGACACACACGCUCAAUGGCACUCCUUCAUUCUCUCUCCCUCUCUCCUCCGCUAUUUGUUCUCCCUCUAUCGCCUUUCCCCAUUACCUUACCGCAUCCUUCAGUUCUCAACGGACGCAGUGGGGCGUGGCUGUCCUCCUACACAAGCAUCCCCCCUUCUCCCCCUUCACACGCAUCUUGAAUUAUUGUAUCUCAGACAUGAAACUCGCGAAAGUUUAACGGCGCAUUUCUUUUCUCUUCCAUUCUUUCUCCUUCUAUUGUUGUGGUUGACUUCGCGCAGCAGCGGCGGAUGCAGGAAGGGUAGCGGCGCUCACGAAGGCACAGCCGUAUCACAUGUCAACAGCAGCACGGUGAUAUCGCGACACGACGCCGUCAGGGGGGAAGGGGGGGGGGGGAGGCGGGGAGAGUGCGGUGGAAACAAGAAUUGCCUGAGUCGUGCCGCCCUUCACCUCCUCCUUGGUCCUUCAUCUUGCGCUUGCAGAUGCACGCGAAACGACUGCAGGACGCCGCAGCGGAAAAGGUCACGGCGUUGCAGACGUCACGCUGUUUAUUGUUUUUUUUUCUUCCUUGUGAUGACAGCGAAAGAUGGAGGGGUGGAGUUGAAAAAGAGGAGGACCGCGCAGCGAUGGUCGUCUAGUGGUUAGGACAUUCGCCUCACACGCGAGAGAUCGCGGGUUCAAUCCCCGCCCGUCGUAUGUUUUUCUUUUUCCCCAACACCGCCCCGCCGGCGGCCCAAGAAAGGAAUCCCACCCGCCACCAGACAGCCCUCCAUGCUGUGUAUUCUCGCGUCACAAGUGCGACUCGAUGCCGUAUCAUCAUCUUACCUACUGCAGUUCGAAUACGACCAAGCACGCACCAACACCCACCCGAGAUCGGACCUAUUGCAGCGUGCCAGGGAAGUUUGGAGCCGGCUCGUAUCGCACCUGCUCGUCUUGGACCAUUCCGUUUUGUUUCUAUCCUCCUGAUGCUCACAACAUGA